UACGUUUGCAGAGCAGGAAUCGGGAGUCGUGAAAAUGGCUACGACUCACUGAGCCGAGGCAGAGCACACGGGAUCAUGUCAGGUGGCCGCGAGUCGCAAGCGCUGCAAAGACAAAAAGGUGCAAGCCUGCAACCAAGCACCGAGGCGCUAGGACUAGGAGAAGUAUGCUAUGCAGGCCUCGCUGGUCGCUCUCCGGAUAUCAACACAUAAGCGGAACUGUGCCGGAAAACCCUGGAAAAGAAACAAUGCAAACAUUUGCUGCUCCUCUUUGCCGCAAAAGUGCUUGAAGCACUGGCGCCUACAGUGGGUGGCCCAUAGGUAUAGCUGAGGUGUGAGGAGAAUGAUUCUAGUUGCAGCCAAACGCCGGUCUCUGGUACGCCUUCUGGAUUCUGCGGUAUUGCUGGCUAGCGUGCUGCUUCUGUCUGCACUUCUACUCCCAAGUGGUGACUGGGUUAGCGGGCACGGCAGGAUCUCAACAUCCUCCCACACGGAGAAAGGGUCGGGUGCGUGGGUGCCACAAGCUCUGAUGCACGCUGCAGGCUUGGUGGGAAGCAACGUUUCAAAUGGAGUAACUGUACACAUGGAGAAUGUGGUUGCAUCAUCGGAACAACACAGCGAGAUGAAAGUGGUCGAGCCUGCUCGGCGGGAUUCUCGCGGAGUCAUCGCCGAUAUAGGACGCAAUCGCCGCAGACGGCCCAUGGGUCGCCAGUAUGGUGUGAGGAGAAUGAUUCUAGUUGCAGCCAAACGCCGGUCUCUGGUACGCCUUCUGGCUUCUGCGGUAUUGCUGGCUAGCGUGCUGCUUCUGUCUGCACUUCUACUCCCAAGUGGUGACUGGGUUAGCGGGCACGGCAGGAUCUCAGCAUCCUCCCACACGGAGAAAGGGUCGGGUGCGUGGGUGCCACAAGCUCUGAUGCACGCUGCAGGCUUGGUGGGAAGCAACGUUUCAAAUGGAGUAACACACAUGGAGAAUGUGGUUGUAUCAUCGGAACAACACAGCGAGAUGAAAGUGGUCGAGCCUGCUCGGCGGGAUUCUCGCGGAGUCAUCGCCGAUAUAGGACGCAAUCGCCGCAGACGGCCCAUGGGUCGCCAGUAUUCUACUGAAACCGAACUAGCCAAGGUGUCAGCAGUAUGGGGAUCUGAAGGUGCUACAUACGCUUGGCCUCGAUCUGUCAUGCUGUAUGCACAGUGCCGUCAUCCCGGCAAAGUGGCCGUUUGCCGCAAGCCGCGCAAGCAGUUUCUCGUGCUCCUCUGGGACGAGCGCUACUGGAGCUUUGCGAACGACCACCCCUUCUCCGUGCGUCCCCCCAGCGACGGCUUGUUGCAUUUCGGCUGCUGUGACGGCGUGGACAUGGUGUACACGACAGACAGAACUAAGCUGGCGGUUGCCGACAUUGUGGACUUCCACCCACGCUACAACAAACACAUGCCCAAGAGAGGACACCCGCACCAAGUGUUCAUGAUGAGCAGUGCUGAGCCGCCAUACCUGGUCGGCUUCCGGCCGCUGCUCAUGAAAGACGUGAACUUGCUGAGGUCGUUUUCGCGCAGCAGCGACAUACAGCAGUCUCUCACUGAGCCCGGUGAAUGCUUCUGCAAGAAGUAUGUCCAGCCGCUGAAGGUCCCUUUUGAGAAAAGGCACCGCGUGCGGGUGUCUGCGCUCAUCAGCAACUGCAUUUACCAUGGCGCCGUCGCCCGUAAGAAACUGCUCCAGUACUUGAUGAGCACGAUCGAGGUGCACAGCAUGGGCGGCUGUUUUCAUAACCACGCCAUGCCAACUGGGCAGAGUGUCAACAUCGUGCUGGGCCAGUACUUGUUCAACUUUGCCGUGGAGAACUCUAUCUGCCUGGACUACAUCACGGAGAAGUUCCACCGGGCGCUGAUCGCAGGCACAGUACCCAUAGUACUGACCCUGGAUAACAUGCCCGGGUAUGAGUUUGUGGCACCCACGGAACACUCCUACGUGGAUCUAUCUCGAUACACAAGCAUACAGGAUGCUGUUAGGUUCAUCAACGACUCGUCGUCUUCGGCGCAGGCGUACUACCGGCACCAUAGUUACCGCGGUGAACCGAUCAACAGCACGCUGCUAUCGCACACGUUCAGAACUAGACUGUGCGCUGCCAAUGAGGAUGAUCUGAGCGAGUGGUGCAACAUUGUCAAGCGCAUGGAAACCCGGAAAGGGCGCGAGCAGAUCCUGCAGAAGACGUACGCCAACUACUACCGCGAAACGAUACCGCGCCAGUGCGCAUCGCGGGGCUCCAUGGCCAGACAUGUGCCGAAUACGGGCGCUGAUGGUCGUCUGCUCUGCUGGGUUGCUGUUGCCAUUGUGUUGCUUGGGUCGUUGACGUGCCUUGCCUGUAGAGCUAACACUGUUGAUCAGAACAAUGAAGACUGAUCGUUGGUGAAGGUGGUCUAUCGUUUGUGAACAUAUCGUGGCAACCAGUGAGUAAUAGCUGUGUUUCUAAUUGCUAGAUCAAGACAUUUUCGUGCGCUUCUUAAUUUCACAUUGCGGAGCCGCAUCAAGUUGACUAGGACACAUACUAAACCGAGUUUACCAAGUACAUGUAUGUACGGAAGGUACCGGUACGAUGGCCCGGUUUGCACGUACGAAAACUGAUGUGCAGGUGAACAGGUUUUUAUAGAUGAAAUCAUGCCAAAGCUAUUGUGAAAGAAUUCUCACAGUCUUGAUUUACAGCACUGGUUUAAGGUGUGCAUCACACUCCGCAGCGCCAUACCGAUAGCUGGAACAGUGGAAGCUGGAUAAUUCUUCUGGCUUUUGCCAGCACUUGAGCUUGAUUCACCGAACUUGAUUUUUGAGGUAUUGCUUGUCUGCAGCCUGCAGGCACAGAUAUUAGUCAGGUUGAAUGGCUUGCAGUAACUGUUGUUAAUUGUAAAAUUU